AUGAUUUUCGGAGCAGCUUCUUCUGCACAGUUCAUAAUGAGAAAAAACGCGAAAGAGUUUGAAGACGAAUUUCCUGAAGCAGCAAGGGUAAUUUUAGAACAGCAUUAUAUGGAUGAUUAUUUAGAUAGUGUUGAUUCUGUAGAAGAGGCAUUAGAUUUAAUAACCGGUGUCGAAGAGGUUCAUAAGAGAGGUGGUUUCCAAAUAAGAAAUUGGACAAGUAACUCCAAAGAAGUUUUAAAGCUGAUUCCGACAGAAAAAAGAACAAGGGAAUUGAAAGAUGUAGAAAUAGAGAAAGAGCUUCCAGCAGAACGUGUUCUAGGACUUCACUGGAAUCCGAAUGAAGAUUGUUUUUUGUUCAAAGUCGAACCCAAGGAAAUUAUGGAAAUUUUAGAAAAGAAAGCAAUAACUACUAAAAGAAAAAUGUUGAAAAUUGUAAUGUCAGUUUUUGACCCUCAUGGGUUUCUAUGUCACUUCACUCUCAAAGCAAGAAUUUUGUUACAAGAAAUUUGGAAAAUGGUUUCUGGAUGGGACGACAAAUUAGAACAUUCGGUAAAUGAAAAAUGGCUCAAAUGGUUGCAAGAUUUAAGAAAAAUUGAAGGUGUGAAAAUUCAUAGAUGCUAUUUGGAUGAUAAUACGGAACGUAAAAUACAAUUGCAUACGUUUUGUGAUUCCAGUUCGAAAGCCUUAGCUGCAGUUUCGUAUUUUCGAAUUUUAUCAUAUCAAAAAAUUUAUUCCAAUAUCGUUAUGGCAAAAUCAAGAGUAAGUCCUCUGAAAACCUUAUCUAUUCCUAGAUUAGAACUUCAAGGAGCAGUACUGGGAGCUCGUUUGGCUAGAACAAUAAGAGAAAAUCACAGUAUUCCUAUAAAUCGUCAGUAUUUUUGGACGGAUUCCCGGACAGUAAUCAGUUGGUUGAAAUCAGAUUCUCGCAAACUUAAGCCAUUUGUGAGUCAUAGAGUUAAUGAAAUAUUGGAUAUAUCUGAAGAGAAUGAAUGGAAUUGGAUUUCAAUAAAGGAGAAUGUAGCAGAUGAAGCAACUAGGGAUAAUAUAAAUUGUGAAUGGUCGGAAUUAAGUAGGUGGAACAUUGGUCCAUCCUUUCUUAGAUGCGAUGAAGACACGUAG